CCAGACUGCCCGGUGGAGUUGGGGGAGCUGCGAGCGGGCGGAGCGGGCAACUCCCUGGCCAGGCGGGCAGGCGCGCGGGUGCCGGGACGCGAACGCAGGUCACCCCCGCAGCUCUGCCGAGGAGCUCGGCGGCCCCGGGAGGCGCCCGGCAGCUUUAAGAAAGAGUCAAACUCUUCUGACCAAACAGCAAAAAUCAAGUGAUUUGCCAACACUGGGAAUCAUGGCACUGCCGUUCCGAAAGGACUUAGAAAAGUACAAAGACCUCGAUGAGGACGAGCUCCUCGGGAACCUGUCAGAAACGGAACUGAAACAGCUGGAAACGGUUCUGGAUGACCUCGACCCUGAGAAUGCCCUCCUGCCCGCAGGCUUCCGGCAGAAGAACCAGACGUCCAAGGCGGCCACGGGGCCCUUCGACAGAGACCACCUCCUCUCCUUCCUGGAGAAGGAGGCGUUGGAGCAUAAGGACAGGGAAGACUACGUGCCCUACACCGGAGAAAAGAAAGGAAAGAUCUUCGUCCCUAAACAGAAACCUGUGCAGACUUUUGCAGAAGAAAAAGUAUCUCUUGAUCCAGAAUUAGAAGAAGCUUUGACAAGCGCUUCUGAUACAGAAUUGUGCGACCUUGCAGCCAUUCUUGGAAUGCACAACUUAAUCACGAAUACCCAGUUCUGUAGUAUUGUGGGCAAUAGUAAUGGUGUUGACCAAGAACAUUUUUCAAAUGUGGUCAAAGGUGAAAAGAUUCUGCCAGUAUUUGAUGAACCACCAAAUCCAACCAAUGUUGAAGAGAGUUUAAAGAGAAUUAAAGAAAAUGACGUGCGUCUUGUCGAAGUUAAUUUGAAUAAUAUUAAGAAUAUCCCAAUUCCAACCCUUAAAGACUUUGCCAAAGCUUUGGAAACCAACACACACGUGAGAGCGUUCAGCCUUGCGGCCACCCGGAGCAACGACCCCGUCGCUGCCGCUUUCGCAGACAUGCUCAGAGUGAACAAAACUUUGAAGAGCUUAAAUUUGGAGUCCAACUUUAUUACAGCAACUGGCGUCCUAGCAUUAAUCGAUGCUUUAAGAGAUAAUGAAACCCUGUCAGAGCUCAAGAUUGACAACCAGAGACAACAGUUGGGGACAGCUGCAGAAUUGGAAAUUGCCAAGAUGCUUGAGGAGAAUACAAACAUCCUUAAGUUUGGCUAUCAGUUCACACAGCAGGGGCCCCGGACCAGGGCAGCUAAUGCCAUAACGAAGAACAAUGACCUAGUUCGCAAGAGACGAGUGGAAGGUGACCACCAGUAGGCCCUCCCUGGCCAGAAGGGGAAAGACUGGAAAGCUGUUUUUAACUGCAUUUAUUCCUCAUUUAAGUUGUUGCCAGUUUCAGGUUAUAAAGAUAGGAGAUGAUGAUUUUGUAAAGCUUUAUUUCUACUUUCAGCUACAAUUUUAUUUUAGCUUCAUUGAGUAGGCUUAUGAGUCAGGUUAAAUAUACAGCUGUGCGGGCUGGAGAGAUAGAACAGGGGUAGGACGCUUGCCUUGUACUUGUACAUGUCCAAUCCUGGUUCAAUCCCCAGCACCCCAGAUGGUCCCCUGAGCACUGCUGGAUGUGAACACACACACACACACACACACACACACACACACACACACACACACACUCCUUUGUAAGAAGCUUCAAAAGUCAUGAAUGUAGAGAGUUUAAUUGAGGACCAAUCUUUUUUAAAAUGAAAAAGGGACGUUGGGGGUCCAGAGAGAUGAUACAGGGGUCAGGGCACUUGCCCUGUACACAGCCAGCCCUGGUUCGAUCCCAGGCACCACAGAUAGUGCCACCCUUUAGCACUGCCAGGGAGUGAUCCCUGAGCAUUGCCACCCUCAAAGUAAAAAGGGACUUUGCCCAUAGCAGACUUGGCCCACACACAGCGUGGACACAGCGCCAUGAUCUAGAACACAAGAACUGGCCACAGGUCUUCUAAGUCACCGCCCCACUGCGGAGGCCUUCAGCACCUGUUUGCAUUGUGCCAGCGGCUGUAGCCAGGAUCUGAGCUUGUAAUGCACUGAGAGACCCCUCUCUCACAUCCUUCACCUCUAAUGGGGUGUCAGAAGAGCCCUGUGUGGGCGGGAAAGCUGUUUUCUUCCCCCCCACAAAGGCAGGCCGCAGUGCUCAGUCAUUUGGGAGAAAAGAAAGGAACACUCUCGUGCAGCCCCUGGAAUCCUGGUGGAAUUUAGUCUGGGGAGCGGGCGAGCGAGGCCACCACAUAUGGCCGCUGGGGGACGAAACCCGCCCUCAUCCCAGUGCAACAGGAAAAUGACUUCCGAAAGGUUAAGUCCUGUGACCUGUACCCUUUGCUCAGACUUUUAAAAAAAAUCUAUACUGUUUGUUUUGUUUUGUUUUGUGCUUUUUUGGGUUACACCCAGCGAUGCACAGGGGUUACUCCUGGCUCUGCACUCAGGAAUUAUUCCUAGCGGUGCUCAGGGGACCAUAUGGGAUACUGGGAACUGAACCCAGGUCAGCCGUGUGCAAGGCAAAUGCCCUACCCACUGUGCUAUCGCUCCAGCCCCUGUGGAGUUUCUCUUAUCCAAAGCUGUCCUCUGGCUCAGUGCUAAAGAGAACCGUGUCGGACCAGGGGUGCAACCCUGCUCACUUACAGGAAGGAUUUUUGUAGCCCUUUUUGAAAUUGGAAACUUGUCUGCCAGAAUAGUUCAGCAACAGGCAGUUUCUUAGGGUGGUUUAUUACAGCCCUACCCAGCAGGCACAGGCUUCCUCUAAGUGUCAGAGGGUGUGCUGGUAUUUUACAUCAGUAUCCAGUGUUUCAAAGGGUCCGGGAAUCAUCUCUGCACUGCCUGGCAGGAAAGGCUGAUUUUUCAAGUUAGCAUAAGCAGUAUAACUACCCCCCACUUCCCACUUUUCAUUUUUCUUUUUCUUUUUUUUGGCCAUCACCAGCAGUGCUCGGGGCUUACUCCUGGUAGGGCUCGGGGAACCGUAGGGGAUGCGGGGAAUGAACCUGGGCCGGCCAUGUGCAGGGCAGGGGCCCACUUUACAUAUGCCGGCGAGGCCUGUCCUCAGAGCUUCCUUGCAGUGACCUAUGUGGAGACCGAGGCCUCACUUUGUAAAACAGCAGUGGGUGGUCCUCAGACCACUAGGGGGUGAUAGCGUUUUCACUCAACUGUUGAUCAGAGGAUGAAGGAGUUGAGUAUUUUGUUUGUACCACGCCAGAUCUGAGCUAUAGUCAGUCACCUGACUACAGAAAAUUGUCUGAGUUCCAAGUCAUCAAGUGCCUUGGAACGAACAGGAGAUGAACUUUUUACAUAUUGAAAACUGCAAGUCACAUUGAAAGAAACAAAGAUAUUCCAGGAAAUGGAAAUAUUUUUGCUUAUGAAUUGGAAGAAUAAAUAUUGUUUAAAAAAUUGUCUUAAGAAUUAUGGGAGAAAACUUGUUUACUUUGAUCUUUAAAAAUCUGGCACCUCUUUUUGGUAGUUUUGAACAUUUCUAAAAUUUGAUAAUUGAAAGUUUUUUUUUUUAAACCAAGCAUUUUCUAAAACAUUUUGUAAUCUAAUUAAAUUUAUCAAGUAAUUUUGUUUGUAUUUUAUAACUGUUAUUUUAAAAACUUUUUAAUUGCCCAUUUUAUAAAAUUUGAUGUUCAUAUUUGUUUUUUCCAAUAUUUCUACCUGAAAUUUUAUGGAGUUUGGUGCUAUAAAUGUGUGGCUAAAGGCUAGAAAUCUAAAAUAAUACGUAAAAUACAUUCCCUAAGGGUGCCUGUCAUUUAAAAGACCAAAUAAACAUUUUGUGUUAAAUAAAUUAGAUUGUUAAAGAUUUCAAGAAUUUUUGUGGUCAUUACAUUGCAGAUUUUUGUUCUUUGAUAAAAUAAUUCACAUACUUGCUUUGUGCAAUAGAUACUUUGGAAAAGUUACAUGUAAAUAGACCUUUGUAAAGUUUGUUCCAUGGAAAUACCUGUUUUCAUUUAGGAGGGGGAAGUCUGCUAUAAUAAAAUUUUUA